AUGGAUGAUGAACAUUUAAUAGUUGGUAGAGCUGGUGGCCGUUUUGAUGCACAUGAAAAUGAUGUUAAAGCAAUUUAUUGCUCUAAAGUUAAUCCAAAUCUUUUUUAUACCGGUUGUAGUGAUGGUUUAUGCAAGAUGUGGGAUAAUCGUAUGCUAAAUAAUCCCAUUUUACUAGCAAUAUCUUCUAGAAAUAAUAAUUAUCCUAUUAUGCAUAUUGAUGGUGAUAGCUAUGAUAGAUAUAUUGUGACAACUUCUGGUGGAGUAAAAUUUAAUAUUUGGGAUGUACGACGAUUUUCUGAAAAUAUUUCAUUUGAUAUGCAACAACAACAGCAAGAAAUAAAUAUAUCAGAUGAAAUUGGACGUUUUGAUAGAGGUUAUUUAUUAUAUGUAAAAUUUAUUUUAUGCCAAUAA